CUGGACCUUUAACUUUGCUACGCACAUGAAAAGCUGGGGUGUGUUGGCUUUGAGAGCAACUUUACCCGGUAGACAUGAGUGUAAAACUCACACAGGGGGCUGUUGAGGCCCUGUUCAAAGGUGAGGAGGUGAACAACCCCGUGCUGCAGGUGCUGAACAUGCGUCAGAUCAAGAAUGGCUCUGGUCCACCCAGGUUCAGGCUCAUGAUGAGUGAUGGUCAGCACUCUUUGUCCUCCUUCCUGCUGGCCACACAGUUGAACCAUCUGCCAGAAGAAAACCUUCUAGCACCUAACUGUGUGUGCAUGGUGAAGAAAACCAUCACCAACACAUUGUCAGAUGGCAGGCUUGUGGUGAUUGUGUUGGACAUGGAGAUAUUGCACUCGGCCGAGGAAACUGGAGGGAAGAUCGGAAGUCCCACUCCAUAUAACACAGAUGGUAAGACAUCAUCGCCACAGAAGUCGGAUUUAAGUGGCUCUAUCCCGGCAUCUCCUCCAUUGGCUGCAGUACCUGGACCCUCCCACAUGAACACCAGCACCUUUUCUUCUUCCGAAGUCAGCGGAAGAGGUUUUGUGGGAAAGACACCCAUGAAGUCUUCACCCAUGAAGUCUUCACCCAUGAAUGCUUCACCCAUGAAGGCUUCACCCAUGAAGUCUUCACCCAUGAAGUCUUCACCCAUGCAGUCUUCACCCAUGAAGGCUUCACCUAUGAAUGCUUCACCCAUGAAAGGUUCACCCAUGAAGUUUUCACCCAUGAAGGCUAGUACCAGCACCUCCCCAGGUUCUUCAACAAAAGUGAUGCCUAUUGCAACCCUCAACCCCUACAUAAGCAGGUGGACUAUCAAAGCCAGAGUCACUACCAAGUCCAAUAUCCGCAACUGGAGUAACUCAAGAGGAGAAGGCAAACUCUUCUCCUUUGAGAUAGUGGAUGAGAGUGGAGAAAUCAGGAUCACAGCCUUCAACAACGAAGUGGACAAGUUUUUCCCUCUAGUGGAGCAAGGCAAGGUGUAUUACAUCACUAAGGGUACGCUGAAACCAGCCAACAAACAGUACACCACGCUGAAGAAUGACUACGAGAUGACGCUACACGCUCAGUCAUCCAUCAUUCCUUGUGAUGACACUGAGGGCGUCCCUACAGUGCUCUGUGACUUUGUGCCCAUCUCAGAGCUGGAGAACAGAGACAAAGAUGCCAUUGUUGAUGUGAUUGGAGUGUGCAAGGACGCUGAGGAUGUUUUCCGUAUCACCACUAAGACCAGCAGAGAAGUCUCCAAGAGGGCCCUCAACUUAAUAGACACAACUGGCAAAGUGGUGACAGUCACACUGUGGGGAGAGGAGGCGGAAAAGUUUGACGGCUCUGGGCAGCCCAUUGUCGCCAUCAAAGGAGCCCGCUUGUCUGAUUUCGGGGGCAUCUCUCUCUCUGCUUUGUUCAGUUCAACAGUCAUGGUCAACCCAGACAUACCAGAGGCCUUCAGUCUGCGGGCCUGGUAUGACCGGGGAGGCUUUGCACUCGACAGCCAAUCCCUGACAGAGAUGAGGUCAACGGGCACCGGAGCAAAGACAAACUGGAAAACACUGAGUGACAUCAAGAAUGAAAACUUGGGGCAUGGAGAGAAGGCAGAUUAUUUCAGCUGCAUAGCGACAGUGCUGUACAUUCGCAAGGAGAGUAGUCUGUACCAGGCCUGUCCAUCUUCAGACUGCAACAAGAAGGUCAUCGAUCAACAGAAUGGAUUGUACCGCUGCGAAAAGUGUAACCGAGAGUACUCCAGCUUCAAAUACAGACUCCUGCUUUCUGCCAACUUGGCAGACUUUGGGGAUAACCAGUGGGUGACAUGCUUCCAGGAGACAGCUGAGGUCCUGUUAGGUCACAAUGCAGAGACACUGGGACAGCUCAGAGAAACAGAUGAGGCUGCAUUCGAUGACGUCUUUCAGAAAACCAACUUCACAACUCACAUUUUUCGAAACAGGGUCAAGCUGGAGACAUACAACGAUGAGAGUCGAUUGAAGGUAGCCGUAAUGGAAAUCCAGCCGGUGGACCACCGGGAAUACAGCAGGAGACUCCUCAGUAACAUCCGCAAAUUGGCCGGCUGAACUUUGUCCCAGUCAUCCAAGCGGCUGCCUGGUAAUUUAACACGUCUUUCACUGGUCUCUGACUGGUGUCCGACUUUUUUCCACCAAGGAGAUAACAGCAUAUCUGACUGAGGCAGCAGAGGGGCGGCCAGUGAUUCAUCUGAUUAAAUGGCAGCCAAACAAAAGACUGAUAUUUAGCCAUUCACUUCUUUCAACAGGCUAAUGAUGAGACACACGAAACGUCAUGGAGGUGACUUUUACCCUUUAAUUUAUGACAUUUUAACAAAGAGCUUUGACUAUUUGAUUAUACAAAACUAUGUGUGAGGUGUGCUUUUAAUAUGUUUCAUGUAUGAUACAUGCUAAGAUCAGUGUUCUCUCUUUUUUUAUACAAGUGAUUCAUCUCUUUGGUUUCAAAUCUGUGGUGGUGAUACUCAGUGUUAGUUGAGUAAGACAUAGAUGAGUCAGAUUUUAUGUAAUUUUCAUUGUUUCGUUUUAAAGAUGAAGGCAUGGUAAAAGCGUGUGGGAGAUUCACGUGUUGGCAUUUGUUUCAGCUCUUUUACUGACACUGUCUGCUGCUUGUUAAAAAUAUUCUGAAGUGUUUGGUUUGCUUCUGAGCUUCCAAAUAACAUUUAAAAAAAGGAAAGCUUGAUUAAAAGGAUGUCAAGAUAAAAA